CGCGGCGAGUGUUGGACCGGGAUUACGAGAUAUGCGCAUGCGUUAGCAGGGAGCCACGGGGAUUCGCGCAUGAGCAGCAAGCAAUAUGCUGGGGAACCAGCGUCCUACGCGCACGCGCUUUGGGAGGAAGCGGUGCGGAACGCGCAGGCGCGAGGCGCGUGAGCCGGGAACAAUGGGAUACGCGCAGGCGCGAGGGCUGGGACCUAUGGGAUACGCGCAUGCGUGGUGACGGUCGGACGGAGCCGGAGGUGGGGAUCCGGGUUGCGUGAGCAGCGAAGUUGAACCGCUGCUGAGCAGCCAUGGAGAAGUUUGGCAUGAACUUUGGGGGCGGCCCUAGCAAAAAAGAUCUUUUGGAAACUAUUGAAUCUCAGAAGAAACAGCUUCUUCAGUACCAGACUCGCCUGAAGGAUGUUGUUAGAGCCUACAAGAGCUUGCUCAAGGAAAAGGAAGCCUUGGAAGCUAGCUUAAAAGUGUUGUCCGUGUCUCAUGAGACAGACGUUGGCCUGAGUGGAGCUCACCUUGAAGAUGUUGCCAGCUCCAAUGUUUCCUUUGCUGACUCUGCUGAUGACAGGAGUUCUGUUCAUAGCGAAGACAGCAUGGGGACAGCUACAAGUGUGGACACUGCUGCCAGCUUGACCAGUGCCAAGGGUGAACUGGGGAUAGAAGAUGAGAGAACUACAGCUGGGGCUUCCCUUAUGAAAUCGGAGGAGGCGAGUGGAUCAGAGAGUGGCGUCAGCACUGGCAGUGGGGAUGUGCCCGCCGCUGCUAAUGAGGCUGACAAAAGGGUGCUCCAGCUGAAGACUCAGCUGGCCACCUUGACCAGCUCCCUGGCUACAGUUACCCAAGAGAAAUCACGCAUGGAAGCCUCAUACCUAGCAGACAAGAAAAAAAUGAAGCAGGACCUGGAUGAGGCCAGCAAAAAGGCUGAGGAAGAGAGGAGCAAGUUGGAGGCAGAGAUGAAGUGUGUCCAAGAGCAGCUGGCAGAGACCAAAGCUCGUCUAAUCACACAGCAACAUGACCGGGCCCAGGAGCAGAGUGACCAUGCCGUUAUGCUGCGGGAGCUACAGAAGCUGCUGCAAAAUGAGAGGACCUUGCGCCAGGAUGUGGAGCUAAAGCUGGAGGAGACCAGGGAAGCACUGGCUGGAAGGGUGUACGUGGCUGACCGUGUGGAAGAGUCUGAACUGCAGACUAAGCAGCUGAGCAGGGUGGUGGAGGAGCUGAAGAGAGAACUGCAGGCUGUGCAGGAAGAAAACCGCAAGCCAGACCCCCGGCUGCAGGAGCUGCAGGAUGAGAUGUCCAGCCUCAAGAGUCACUUUCAAGCACAGCUGCUGCAAGAGAUGAGAAAGACUGCACAGGCAGAAGAGCAGCUCCGUCAGCAUGCCCAGAUGGAGGAGCGCCGAGUGGCCAGCUUGGAGAGCCAGGUCUCUGAGGUGUCAGAGCUGCUUGGCACUUACGAAAAAGCCAAACAAAAAGACCAAAUGACCAUUCAGAAACUAAAGGACCGCAUUGUGCAGUUAGACCUGGAAAACAAGACUCUGGCCAUCGCUGCUUCCAGCCGAUCCCCAAUGGACAUUCACAUUGAGGAAGCCAGCCUGGAUGUUAACGUUCUGAAAGACAAAAUGGAGAAGCUGAAGAAGCUGCUGCAGAUGGCAGCCAAGAAGAGUCAGCCCGCCCUGGACAUAGAGAAGCUCUGUGAGCUGGAGCUGCCAAAGGGCACUGAGGCUGGGGAUGGGGAGAAGGCUACUGCUCUGUAUUACCAGCAAGAGCUGAAGCAACUGAAGGAGGAAUUUGAAAGGUACAAGAUGAGAGCACAAGUGGUCCUCAAGAACAAGUCAGCCAAAGAUGGCAACCUGGCCAAAGAGCUAGAGGACACCCAGGAACAGCUGGCUGAGCUGAAGGAGAAAUACGUUGCACUUCGGCUCUCCUGUGAGGAGAUGGAAAAGCAACACAAGCAAGAAAUGGAAGCCAAGAAGCAAGAGGUGUCCCACCUUCAGCAGGUCCACAGACAGGACCUAGAGAAAUGCCAGCUGGAUUACAGGGAAAGGGCACUAAAGCUGGAGGAAGAGAUGCACAAGCAGCGGGACAGAGCUCUGGCUGUGCUGUCGGAAAAGGACCAAGAGCUGGAGCAGUUGAGGUCUCUAGCCAUACCUUACGGACUUCAAGGAUCCAAAAACUACCUAGCACCAGGGAGUGACAUUAGCGGUGAUGAUUUAAUGGGUGCAAUCUCUUCUGAGAACCUCACCCAGGCUCUGCAUCUUGCUGCCACCAAUGAGCCCACUUUCUUUCUAUAUGCAGAGCAGCUGGCCCGGAAAGAGGUAGACAUUGUAGCCUUAAGGAAGCAGAAGCACAAACUGGAGAAGGAAGUUCACCAGCUCCAGGAGAGACUUUUGGUUGAGGAAGAGAAGCAUAGGGAAGAGGUAUCCACCCUUCAAGACCAUAUCCAGAAGAACUUAAGGGAUAAGAGCAGAGAGGGAGCCAACCUGGAAUAUCUCAAGAACAUUGUCUAUCGGUUCUUGACCUUACCGGACUCACUGGGCCGUCAGCAAACUCUAACUGCCAUAUUGACUAUACUGCACUUCAGUCCAGAGGAGAAGCAGGUUAUUAUGAGACAUUCAGCUAACAGCAGUUGGUGGCUUUCUGGGAAGAGAUGAGAACCCGGGUCCUGCUCAUAACUACUUUACUUCUAUGGUGACAUGUUCCUGAUUUCUAACUGUAUGAGAAGAACUAACCAUCCUUCCCAGGACCUCUGCACUUAAUUGUGUCCAUCAUGUGUCAAGGGCACAGGAGCCUUCAGCAGAGUACUGAGCUUUUAAACUCGUGAAAUUAGCACUAGGCCAAAAAACAAAUUGUCAUCUCAGUAAUUCCACUAGGACCACAACUUUCUAUGCCACAAGAAUUCACUUGGGGUUAAGACUUCAUAGAAAGAGCUCCCCACUGAGGAGAUCAAUAUAUUUUUUUUUUAAUCAAAUGUUCCUUCCUUCCUUUUUUUUUUUUUUUAAACCUGUCAGGUAUAGAGUGGGGAGAACUUACUAAGUUAGUUCACUUGCUUGGGUCUUAAAACCCCAAAUGGGCUCAUGGCCUAAAAAUAAAAGGAAAAGCACUUAACCGA